GUGAGGUGGCCGUCUUGAUUUCGCGUCUGUGUGUGCGGUUUCCGUUCUUCGUACGGUGGGCUCCAGUGGUCGGCCGGCUGGUGGGGUUGGUCGCCAUGGGCAACCGUGGGAUGGAGGAGCUCAUCCCCAUGGUCAACCGCCUGCAAGAUGCCUUCUCCGCCGUCGGCCAGAGCUGCAAGCUGGACCUGCCGCAGAUCGCGGUGGUGGGCGGGCAGAGCUCCGGCAAGAGCUCGGUGCUGGAAAGUUUCGUUGGCAGAGAUUUUCUUCCCCGAGGGCCAGGCAUUGUUACAAGACGGCCUCUCAUUUUACAACUGGUUAACUGUACUACAGAAUAUGCUGAAUUCCUACAUCGUAAAGGAGAGAAGUUCACUGAUUUUGAAGAAGUGUGUCGUGAAAUUGAAGUAGAAACAGACAGGGCAACUGGAACAAACAAAGGGAUUUCAUCAAUACCCAUUAACCUGAGAAUCCACUCACCAAAUGUGCUAAACUUGACCUUGAUUGACUUGCCUGGUAUCACAAAAGUGCCAGUAGGAGAUCAACCAGCAGAUAUUGAGUACCAGAUCAGGGACAUGAUUAUGCAAUUCAUCAUACAAAAAAGGUGCCUUAUUUUAGCCGUAACACCAGCUAACACAGAUUUGGCUAAUUCAGAUGCACUUAAGUUAGCAAAAGAUGUUGAUCCUCAAGGUAUGCGAACUAUUGGUGUAAUUACCAAGCUUGAUCUAAUGGAUGAGGGUACAGAUGCCAGGAAUGUUUUGGAGAACAAACUGCUGCCUCUUCGCAGAGGAUAUAUUGGUGUUGUCAACAGAAGCCAGAAGGAUAUUGAAGGAAAGAAGGACAUUAAAGCGGCACUUGCAGCAGAAAGAAGUUUUUUCCUUUCUCAUUCAGCAUAUAAACACAUGGCAGAACGUAUGGGAACUCCGUACCUUCAGAGGAUCCUCAAUGAGCAACUGACAAACCACAUUCGGAAGACUCUUCCAGUGCUGCGAGAAAAGCUUCAGAGACAGUUAACAAAUUUAGAAAAGGAGGUAGAAGAGUUUAAAAACUCCCAGUGUGAUGACCCUGCCUUGAGAACCAAAGCUCUGUUGCUGAUGUUAAAGCAGUUCUCUGUGGAUUUUGACAAGAAAAUUGAAGGAUCAGGCAAUCAUGUGGAUACUGCAGAAUUAUCAGGCGGUGCAAGAAUCAACAAAAUAUUCCAUGAGCGAUUUCCGUUUGAACUGGUGAAGAUGGAUUUUGACGAUAAGGAUCUACGACGAGAAAUUAGUUUUGCUAUUAAGAAUAUCCAUGGUAUCAGACCAGGUUUGUUUACCCCUGAUAUGGCCUUUGAAGCUGUUGUGAAGAAACAGAUUGUGAAAUUCAAGGAACCUUGCCUGAAGUGCGUUGAUUUGGUUAUCCAAGAAUUAAUACAUACAAUUAGACAGUGCAGCCAUAAGCUGGGCAGGUACCCAAAACUGCAGGAAGAGACAGAAAGGGUUAUUUUCAGCUACAUACGAGAACGAGAAGAUAGGACAAAGAAUCAAGUAUUGUUAUUGAUUGAUAUCCAGUUGUCUUAUAUCAAUACAAAGCAUGAAGACUUCAUUGGGUUUGCAAAUGCCCAACAAAGGUGUGGUCAGCUUAAUAAGAAGCACACUGCUGGGAAUCAGGUGGUCAGAAAAGGUUGGCUCACCAUCAGCAAUAUCAGCAUCAUAAAAGGAGGUUCCAAGGAAUACUGGUUUGUGUUGACUGCAGAGUGUCUCUGUUGGUUCAAGGAUGAAGAGGAAAAUGAGAAAAAAUAUAUGUUGCCUUUAGAUAACCUGAAAAUUCGAGAUGUGGAGAAAAACUUUAUGUCCAGCAAAAAUGCGUUUGCACUUUUUAAUACAGAACAAAGGAAUGUUUAUAAGGAUUAUCGAUUCUUAGAACUUGCUUGUGACUCUCAGGAGGAGCUAGAUGGUUGGAAAGCAUCAUUUCUUCGGGCUGGUGUUUAUCCAGAGAAGUGCACUCUUGAUAGUGAAGAGGCAGUAGGUACGCAUAACUUCUCCAAGGACCCUCAGCUGGAGAGACAAGUGAUGACUAUACGCAACUUAGUCGAGUCAUACAUGUAUGUCAUUAACAAGACUAUCCGGGACCUUAUGCCAAAGAUAAUUAUGCACCUUAUGAUAAAUAAUACUAAGGAAUUUAUCAACACAGAACUUUUGGCAAAACUGUAUUCCUCAGAAGAGCAAAAUACCCUAAUGGAGGAGUCAAAGGAACAGGCACAAAGGCGUGAUGAAACACUUAGAACAUACAAUGCUAUCUGCAAAGCACUGAGUAUUAUUGGCGACAUUAAUACUAAUACCACAUCAGUUCCUAUACCACCUCCUGUGGACAAUUCCUGGUUACAAACAGAGCACAGUUCUAAAGAUCCACACUGGCAGCCUUUUUCUGGCCAUCCACCAUGCAGACAAUCCGGACGUGUUCCAGUAUCAUCCAUUCAAUCAAAACAUUCUUCAUCAACUGACCCUCUGCUCACAACCCACCCAGGCAUUCCAGAUUCCCUCAGUGGUCCUAGCAGUGCUGAAGUAUUGGCACGUUCCCCUUCAAGAUCCACACAUGGGCCCAUCAUCCCCAGGCGGCCUCCUCCUGCAGUUCCUGGAAGACCAACUUUAUAAAGACACUAAUUUAACUCAGUAUUCAUGUUUAUAUUGUAUUUGUAUUUCUGACGUUUUGCCUCAUCUAUUGCACUAUUUUUCAUGUAUAUAAUGUUAAUUUUAUGCUGGCAAUAAA